CCGCGCCCCAGCCGCGCCGCCGCCGCCGAGCCCGGCCCCGCCGCCGCCGCUGCGGAUUGCAGCCCCUCCCCCGCCCGGCCCGCGGCCCGGCCCCUGCGGCCCGCGCGGAGCGGACGCGCGUGGCGCUGCCCGGUGGGACCAUCCGUGAAGCUGGUGCCAGGAUGCCCCGGGGGUGUGGAUGACCGGCCGCCCAGCCCCAGCACGGCCCGGUCCCGCAUGCCACCGCCCCGCGAGGACCACUCUCCGAGGGCCGCCUGGGGCCCCGCGCGCCCGUAGUCUCCUAACCCGGAGCCCUCGGCAGCCCAUUCCUGCCUGGCCACCCGGGGCGGAGGAGGCGCUGGAGUGAGCCGCCCGAGGCCGCAGAGCAAGCAAGUGGCUGACCGCGGAAAGACCCCAGGGAAGGGGCUUUGCGGCCGGCUAGAAACAUUUUCUCCAAGAGGCUCCGCAAAAUGACCAGCCUGUUCCGCCGGAGCAGCAGCGGCAGCGGCGGGGGUGGCACAGCCGGGGCGCGCGGGGGCGGGGGAGGCGCGGCCUCCCCCCAGGAGCUCAACAACAGCCGGCCGGCCCGCCAGGUGCGCCGCCUGGAGUUCAACCAGGCCAUGGAUGACUUCAAGACCAUGUUCCCCAACAUGGAUUACGACAUCAUCGAAUGCGUGCUGCGCGCCAACAGCGGUGCUGUGGACGCCACCAUCGACCAGCUGCUGCAGAUGAACCUGGAGGGCGGUGGCGGCGGCGGCGGCGGCGGCGGUGUCUAUGAGGACAGCUCCGACUCGGAGGACAGCAUCCCUCCAGAGAUCUUGGAAAGGACUUUGGAACCCGAUAGCUCGGAUGAAGAGCCACCGCCUGUGUACUCCCCGCCAGCCUACCACUUGCACGUGUUUGACCGGCCCUACCCUCUGGCUCCCCCGACUCCGCCUCCCCGUAUUGAUGUGCUGGGCUCUGCAGCCCCUACAAGCCAGAGACGCUAUCGGAACUGGAACCCACCACUACUGGGCAACCUCCCGGAUGACUUUCUCCGCAUCCUGCCCCAGCAGCUGGACAGCAUACAGGGUAAUGCUGGGGGCCCCAAGCCUGGGAGUGGAGAGGGAGGUCCGCCUGCCAUGACUGGGCCAGGGCCCCGAGACCAGGAGAGCCGCUGGAAGCAGUACCUGGAGGAUGAGAGGAUCGCGCUUUUCCUACAGAACGAGGAGUUCAUGAAGGAGCUGCAACGAAACCGCGACUUCCUCCUUGCCCUGGAGAGAGAUCGAUUGAAAUACGAAUCCCAGAAAUCUAAAUCCAGCAGCGUGGCUGUCGGAAACGACUUUGGCUUUCCGUCUCCUGUCCCAGGAACUGGCGACGCCAACCCCGCUGUGUCUGAAGAUGCCUUAUUCAGGGACAAGCUGAAACACAUGGGAAAAUCCACCCGGAGGAAGCUGUUUGAACUUGCCCGAGCCUUCUCAGAGAAGACCAAAAUGAGGAAGUCAAAGAGGAAACACUUGUUGAAGCAUCAGUCCAGGCUGGGGGCUGCCGCGUCAACAGCCAACCUCCUGGAUGAUGUGGAGGGCCAUGCGUGUGGUGAGGCUGGAGGGGAGUCACGAAGACUUCCGGGGACGGCAUCAGGAGGUGCCCAAGGUGGAGGAAGGCCUGCGAGAAGGACAGUAAGAGGAACCAGUGACCAGGAAAGACCAUUGGGCUCCUUUGAAAAAGACUCCUCCCAUCCCCUUUUUCCCUCUGCCAGAUGCCAGCAGCUCUUCCUUGCCAGAGAUGAUCUGAACCGGUGGGGGCAGCUGGAAAGCAACACUGGCUCCCAGCUGAAGGGCCCAGCUGCAGCCGGACAGAUGGUGCUUGAGAACCGAGGCCCAGUGAUCCUCCAGCCACAGUCCAGCCCAACCACUGCCACUUUCCAUGGGACUUAGAACUUCCGAGUUGCUGCCUUGCAAUUGGAGGAAGGACCUGGGGCCCCUAGAGGCAGCAGCCAAUUACAGCUCCUUUUGUAGCCAGGCGUUCCUAUGGUCAAUGAGUGGAAAUGCAGGAACCAACCUCCCUUGAAAAAAAAAAAAAAAUCCAGAAAGCAGAUAAAAAUUGGAAUAUGGAAAAGGGCAAGAUGACCCCACCAGAGGCUCUUUGGCCAGAAGGUGGAGUCCCUGCCUCCCUCCGUUCCCUAUCUGUCCUGUCACAGACUCUGCCUGACCCCCUGUCCACUUCCUCAGCUCCCUCCAGGCACUCCCUUCCAGGGCCUCCCAUAUCUCAGCCUUCCCCCAGGGCUGCUGGCCCAGCACACAAGCCCUGCACCCAGCCUGAGUGGGAGGUCCCCGGCCAGUCCCGCAGGCACUCUGAGGCGCUAUGGGCUGCUGCAGAGAGCAUCUCUUGACUGCCCCAUCUGGCCUCAUCAGGCUGCUGCUGUUGGGGAUGGGCUCACUCCCAGCAGCUCCCCAUCACACAGCAGGGGUGGGGAGGGUGGCCACCCCAGGGUGGCAGGGUCUUUAAUUCGGCAGCAGACAAAAGCCAGGUCUGGAGUCACACCACAGUGGAGGCUCACAGGGGCUCUGACUCCCCAGCUGGACUGGAAGCCCAGCUGUCCGAGGGUGGACAGCAGUGGGCCCUGGAGUGACCCCUUUGAGCAGGUAGCAGGGCUGAAGAGCAAGGCGGAAAGGCCGCCAGCCUGGGUGGGAGCGCCUAGGGCAGAAGGGCUUGCUGGGUGCCCCUGAGAAGGGCGGGUGAUCUGAGGAGGAGAAGUCUGAUUCUAGGAAGGCUUACAGGGCACUCACCACUGCCACGGGGAGGGAGGCUGCCCAGCCCGUGGCCCCGCCCUGGACAUGGGAGCGCGCAGACCUUCUGGAGAGCCGGGAAGCCUGGGCAGGCACGAGGCUUCGGCGCGGCUUCGGGAGGUUGGGAGUGGGAUCCGAUCCUUGGCGCGGCCCUGGUGGCCUCAGUGACCCCAAGAUCACAAGGGCGUAGCGAAGGCGAGCCGGCGAUUGCACCUCGUCCCACCCACCCUGCCCGGACUCCCGACGCCGAGCUUCCCCUCUCUGGGGAGGGCCGGGACGCGCCGCCGCCGCCGAGCGUGACCAAGUUUGGAAACGCGCACGGCGCUGGGACGCUGGCUCAGGGGCCCUGCCGAGGAGCGGCUGCCCCCUCCACUGCGCCUCGCGCCAGGCCUGGGGUCCUGGAGGGAGGGGAAGGUCUCCGAGGAGUGCCUCGGGUCCCCAGCUCGAGUUCCCGACGGGUCUCUGAGCCUUCCCCGCGCCAGGACCGGGCGCGCUGCGGGGGAAGCCCCAGCCCCACGUCUGUGAGUGUUGCUUGUUAUUUUUUUUCCUCCUAUGUGUGGGUUUUUUCUUGGAGCUGUUUCAUAGGAAUUCCUGUAAUAAAGAGUUGGUGUUCUC